AGCUAUGCCAUUUUCCUGUAUUUAACGACUAUUGGGUUUAGAUGAUGUGACUCCAAGACUCUGCGGCCUGCAAGUGACUGUUUCGGCAGUUUUCCCGAAGAAGGAUGAGUGCCUACCAAAGGUCAAAGACCCAAGGGGUGGAGGACAUGGUCCUCCUACCAAAGAUAACUGAAGCAGACAUUGUGGACAAUCUUAAAAAGCGCUACAUGGAGGACCAGAUUUUUACAUACAUUGGAAAUGUAUUGAUAUCAGUCAAUCCAUUUAAACAAAUGUCAUAUUUCACUGAGAAAGAGAUCGACAUGUAUCAAGGAGCCGCAAGUUAUGAGAACCCACCUCACAUAUACGCACUGACAGACAACAUGUUCCGUAACAUGAUGAUAGACAAAGAGGGACAGUGUGUCAUUAUCAGCGGGGAGAGUGGAGCAGGGAAAACUGUUUGCGCUAAAUUCAUCAUGAGUUAUCUGGCUGCUAUUUGUGGAGGUGGCCAAGACAUCCAGAAAGUUAAAGACGUGAUUAUAGAAAGCAAUCCUUUGCUGGAGGCUUUUGGGAAUGCAAAAACUGUUCGAAACAACAAUUCCAGCCGUUUUGGAAAGUACAUCGAGAUCCAAUUCUCUCAAGCAGCUCUGCCGGAAGGAGGACGAAUCAGCAACUUCCUUUUAGAGAAAAGCAGGGUCGUCAGUCAGAACCCCAACGAGCGAAACUUUCACAUUUUCUAUCAAUUGCUUGCUGGGGCAACAGACGAUGAAAGAGGAGAAUGCGGUCUUGGUGAGCCAGAUUACUACUGGUACCUCAACCAGAGCGGAACGUACACUGUGGACGGAACUAAUGAUGCUAAGGAGUUCGCCGACACUCGGCACGCGAUGGACAUCAUGAACAUAGACCAGAACACGCAAUGGGACAUUCUUCGCAUAGCUUCAGGAAUCCUGCACCUGGGAAACAUUACAUUUGUUGAGAAGGGGUCCAACGCAUCAGUUCCUGCUGAUUCAUCUUUCCUACAAUAUCCUGCUUACUUAUUGGGAGUCGAAGAAGAGUUACUGUGCAUCGCCCUGACUAACAGAGUCAUGGAGAGUAGGUGGGGAGGAAAAGUUGAGAUCACCAACGUUACCCUUAACCCUGAGCAGGCUGUAUCCACCAGGGACGCGCUCGCUAAGGCGCUCUACAGCCGACUCUUCGAUUAUCUUGUAGCGGCGGUUAACAAUGCGUUUGGCAUAAAAGAAAAGAGUGAGUUUUCUAUCGGUGUACUGGAUAUCUACGGAUUCGAAAUAUUUGAGACGAACGGAUUUGAGCAGUUCUGUAUAAACUUCGUGAACGAGAAACUUCAGCAAAUCUUCAUAGAACUUACUCUAAAAGCUGAACAGGACGAAUAUGUUGAAGAAGGAAUAUCAUGGAAAGCUAUAGAUUACUUCAACAACAAAUGUGUGUGCGAUCUCAUCGAAUCUAAGAGACCACCAGGUGUGAUGUGUGUGUUAGACGAUGUUUGUGCGACCAUGCAUGCAGUGAGCGAUGGGGCUGACAUGAAGUUCGUUGAGAAAUUGUACGGAGUAGUUAAUAACAACGAACAUUACCUGAGCUACUCUCAAGGCUUCAUUAUCGUACAUUAUGCUGGCAAGGUAGAGUACAAUGUGAAUGGAUUUUGUGAACGUAACAAAGAUGUUCUCAAUAAUGAUGUUAUCGAGUUGAUGCAAACUUCUUCAAACGCUUUCAUCAAGAGUCUCUUCCCAGAGAAUCUCGCUGUUCUUAAAGAGAAGAGAGGAAAACCUUCCACUGCCGGAUUCAAGAUAAAGACACAAGCAAAUGAUUUAGUAGCUACACUUAUGCUGUGUACACCUCAUUAUAUUAGGUGUAUUAAACCGAACGAGACGAAGAGAGCACACGACUGGGAGGAUCUCCGAGCGAAGCAUCAAGUCGAGUAUCUAGGUCUCAAGGAGAAUAUUAGAAUCAGACGAGCAGGGUUCGCUUACCGACGUCCCUUUGCCAAGUUCCUACAGCGUUAUGCCAUCCUAACCAGAGAAACCUGGCCACGUUGGCCUGGGGAACCAGCCGGAGGGAUCAAACAUGUCAUGGACUCUGUAUCAAUGGAGCCAUCUCAGUGGCAGAUGGGAGUUACUAAGAUUUUCAUAAAAGCACCAGAAAGUCUGUUCUUACUGGAGGAGACGAGGGAGAGAAAGUUUGACAGUUAUGCCCGUGUUAUCCAAACCGCUUGGAGAAAGUACGUCAGACGACGUGAAAUGGCUGAAAUCAGGGAAAAGGCUACUGACAUUCUUUUCAAGAAGAAGCUGAGACGCAGGGCUACCAUCAACCGCUGCUUCGUUGGUGACUACAUCGGAUUCGGCCAGAAUGCCGGUCUUCGUGCCCUGGUGGGGAAACGAGAAAGGAUCGAGUUUGCUUGUUGCAUUAAUAAAUAUGAUAGGAAAUUCAAAGUACAGAAGCGAGACAUGCUCCUUUCUGCUCAAAACUUAUACCUGAUUGGACGAGAAAGGGUCAAAAAGGGACCACAAGCUGGCGAAAUUAUUGAGAAAGUGAUGAGGAUUAUCAAGUUAUCUGAAAUAGUAAACGUAGACCUCAGUACACGCCAGGAUGAUUUCUUUGUCAUUCGUGUGAGGGAGGCGUUCCCGAGUGUAUUGGAAUCUGUGUUUAAAACAGAGUUCCUCACAGUUCUUAGUGAAAAAAUGGCUGCUACAGGAAAUCCAGUCAACAUCAGUUUUUCUGAUCAGAUAACGUACACCGCAAAGAAAGAUAACAACAAAAUGAAAGCCUGGAUAGGAUCACUUAUGGGCGAUGAGAGAGUGUUACAAUUCGUCAAUGGAUCUGAGGACUUCCCUGUGCUGACGGCGAAGGGUAAGAUGCUGACUAUUGCUAUCGACAACGGUCUACCUCGAGACACUAGACCAGGUAAAAUCUCUGAGAGACAGGGGUCCUUCAACAAGCAGAAACCUCCGAGAAGCGCUCAAAGUUAUAAAUAUCAACCUCCGGGAUCCCAGAAGAAGUCAGAGAAGAUGUCACGGUCGAACACCAGCAUGGAGCGACCUUCCAUGCACAAGAUUGGUGCCAAACAGAGUGCCAAAAACCUCAACCCACAAUCCAGCAACAAAUCCUUCAUGAAUGUUCCGUCGCCUAACAUGAGCAUAAAAAGAAAGGGUCCGCCUCCGCCACCGCCUCCUCAACCAAACUACCCUAAAGUAAGAGUACUGUACGACUAUCAGGCUCAGGAUGCAGAGGAGCUUUCCCUCUCCGCGGGAGAUACCGUCAACCUCCUCAGAAAAGAGGAUAGUGGCUGGUGGGUAGGUGAAUUGAAAGGGAAGAAGGGAUUGUUUCCAUAUAAUUAUGUUGAAGAAAUAUGAGACUUAUUAUGAGAUUAUGAUUUCCAUUGUUUGAUAUAUAGAAUACCAUAUAAUUCUCAUCGAUCAUUUUGCA